AUGGACUCAAGCAAGAACGUCGAUAUCCCCGUCUCUCCUACCGGCCGCAGACGUAGCUCCGGAACUCUCUUCCAAGGUCUCAUGGACCAAAAGCGCCACGACGGCAACGCAGCCCGUAGACAAUCAAUGACAGAUUCAAAGCCGGCGCCGGGAUUCAUCGGGCAGAUGUGGCAUAACUGGACUCGUGGCCCUGCUAGCCCCCCGAAAUAG